AUGUCUCUCCUUCAGUUCCUGCGACAGGCUCGUCAAGUGCACCACCAGUUCGUCUCGGGUGCCUUAUCCGAUUCCCCUAUCUAUGUGAUCGGCAAUUCAUCUGCCGACCUUGACUCCAUCAUAUCAGCAAUCAUCUACUCCUACUGCGCGAACAACCGCCUCCCAAUUCAGUCUCCAAGACCCCAUAUUCCAUUGUUGAACCUGCCCAAUGUACCUGCAGGUCCAGAACUUGCCCGCCUUCGACCGGAGUUUGUCACUGCAUUAUGGUCAUCUACAAACUUCCCCGCUCUGAGGAAGGAGGAGAAAUUCGAGAACACCCAGCACUCAGCGGGGAGCUUCCUACAUGAGCAUAUCGUGACUGUUGCCGACUUUGCACAGUCCCUCCAAGAUCAGAAAGUUCUGAAACAGAUAAUUACCGAGGCGACAUUGGUGGACUGGAAUGCAUUGCCAUGCCCUUCGAAAAAUGAUAAGGGAUUUGGAUCCCUCACCGGUUUGUCGGGUGUCUCUUUUCGGGCAUUGGGGUGCAUCGACCAUCAUAUCGAUGAGGGCUAUAUGCCCAGUGCAGAUUCUCUUCCCAAGAACCAACCUCUGAUCAUUCAGCCCGGACCUGGCUCGUGUGCAUCUCUUAUCGUUAGAGAACUCCAGCAACGAGACCUUUGGGCGGAAGACGCAGCAGAAAUGACACAGCUUGCGAAACUCGCCCUUUCCGCAAUCUUGAUUGAUACAUCGAAUCUGACUGCUGAGGGGAAGGUGACUGAUGUAGAUCGUGAGGCUGUUCAUUCCCUGCAGAGCCAGGUUGAGAGACAACAUGCGGUCUCAGCCACUGAGCUCAAAUGGGAGGUGGACGAAUUCUACGAGGCUGUGUUCAACGCUAAGAAAGAUAGCCUUGACCUACUUACAGUAGAGGAAGUGUUAGACCGUGACUACAAAGACUGGACUGAGACAUCACAGUCCUCCGGAAAGAGUGUCAAAAUCGGUUUCUGUUCGUCAGUCAAACCCAUCAGGUGGAUUGUGCAGAAAGCGGGCAAACCGGACCAAUUCCUACACGCGGCACGCUCGUUCGCGGCCUCUGCUGAGAAAGAUUUGGACAUACUUGUCGUUAUGACGGCGUUCACUGCGAAAGACGGCCAGUUCUGCCGAGAGCUGUUCAUCGGCGUAGCGCGUGAGAACGAGGCAGCUUUAGAAGGUGCAAAGGCAUUUUUCGAGCAAGCGUCUUCUCAGCUUGGAUUGAUUGAUUGGUCCCCGCUAGAUGCCGAGGACAUCCCUGACUCCACGGGAGAUUGCUCCUCUGCGUUGAAUGCAGAUUCACCCCUCUGGAGGAGAUUGUGGGUGCAGACCAAUGCCGCUGGAAGUAGAAAACAAGUUGCGCCUUUGCUGCGGACAGCUGUGGCUAAAUUGUAA